AUGAGAGGAAGAGAACACAGCAAGCACAUCUCAUCACCAUCAGCAGCAGCGGACGCAGCAGCAGCAACAGCGGCAGCAGCAGCAGCAGCAACAGCGGCAGCAGCAGCAGCAGCAGCAGUCAGAAAUCCCACACGGCGCCGCCUGGGAGAGCGGGAGGAGAGAGAGAGAGAGAGAGAGAGAGAGAGAGAGAGAGAGAGAGAGAGAGAGAGAGAGAGAGAGAGAGAGAGAGAGAGAGAGCGGGAGGAGAGAGAGAGAGAGCGGGAGGAGAGAGAGAGAGAGCGGGAGGAGAGGGAGAGAGAGCGGGAGGAGAGGGAGAGAGAGCGGGAGGAGAGGGAGAGAGAGCGGGAGGAGAGAGAGAGAGAGCGGGAGGAGAGAGAGAGAGAGCGGGAGGAGAGAGAGAGAGAGAGCGGGAGGAGAGAGAGAGAGAGAGCGGAAGGAGAGAGAGAGAGAGAGCGGGAGGAGAGAGAGAGAGAGCGGGAGGAGAGGGAGAGAGAGCGGGAGGAGAGAGAGAGCGGGAGGAGAGAGAGAGAGAGCGGGAGGAGAGAGAGAGAGAGAGCGGGAGGAGAGAGAGAGAGAGCGGGAGGAGAGAGAGAGAGAGCGGGAGGAGAGAGAGAGAGAGCAGGAGGAGAGAGAGAGAGCGGGAGGAGAGAGAGAGAGAGCGGGAGGAGAGAGAGAGAGCGGGAGGAGAGAGAGAGCGGGAGGAGAGAGAGAGAGAGAGCGGGAGGAGAGAGAGAGAGAGCGGGAGGAGAGAGAGAGAGAGCGGGAGGAGAGAGAGAGAGAGAGCGGGAGGAGAGAGAGAGAGAGCGGGAGGAGAGAGAGAGAGAGCGGGAGGAGAGAGAGAGAGAGCGGGAGGAGAGAGAGAGAGAGAGCGGGAGGAGAGAGAGAGAGAGAGAGAGAGAGAGAGAGAGAGAGAGAGAGAGAGAGAGAGAGAGAGAGGGAGAGAGAGAGAGAGAGAGAGCGGGAAGAGGGGAGUAA